AACCAUGGCAAUGGUGAUGGCAGCGUUCAUCAUUUCUGGAUUCUUAUGUACCAGUUCCCAGCACAUUUAUGUGGAAGAAAACAAUCUCUGUGACAGAAAUGAAGAGGCAAUGAUGCUUAUUCGAAAACUUUUGAUCCAACAAGGGUGGAUCCAAGAAUCUUUAGAUUCCCUCAGACAGACGUUGAAAAGACUCGAGAAAAAUAUAACCAGUAUCCGUGAAGAUGUUCAAAUCGUCAAGAGAGAGUCUUCCGCCAUAUGUCCUCCUGGUUGGUUUCACCAUGGCAACUCUUGCUAUUUAUUCUCCAGUGACACCCUACCUUGGAAUGAGUCCUCGGAUACAUGCAGUUCCAUCGGUGAUGGUUUAGUCGCCAUUGAGUCUCAAAGUGAAGAGACUUUCUUACAAAAUAGACUUCACUAUGAAUUUG